UCCCUUUACGUUUUUGGGUUUUUUCCUUGCUUCGGUCUCUGAUUAGGCCGUACGUGGCCGUGGCAAGGAGUUACAAAAUAAAUAAAUACAUAAAGCAAAACCGAAAAGAGAGAAAACACACCCAGACCCUUGGCUUCUCCGAGCCGCCGGGGGAGGGGGCGGAGGAGCCGAGCGAGGCAGAGUCGCCCAGCGGCGACUCGAGAGUGGCGCGCGGGAGGAGCGGCCGCCGCCUGGCUCGCCUUUCCGCUGUUGCUUCUUCCCACCGCCUUUUGUUUUCUUUUUUGUUUCUGGUUUUAUUUCCCGGAGGGGGCGGGGGGGGGCAGGAACCCGAGAGACAGAAGGAGAGAGAGGGGAGAGGACAAAAUAUUAAAAAGCCCAAAGACACCGCAAGAGCCCGCGCGGUGCCCGAUGGCUUCGCUGUACCAGAGGUUCACCGGCAAGAUCAACACCUCGCGGUCCUUCCCGGCGCCCCCCGAGGCCAGCCGCCUCCUGGGUGGCCAGGGGCCCGAGGAGGACGGCGGCGCCGGGGCGAAGCCCCUCGGCCCGCAGGCGCAGGCGGCGGCGCCCCGGGAGCGCGGCGGCGGCGGCGGCGGCGGCGGCGCGGGUGGCCGGCCCCGGUUCCAGUACCAGGCGCGGAGCGACUGUGACGAGGAGGACGAGCUGGUGGGAAGCAAUCCUCCGCAGCGAAACUGGAAGGGCAUCGCGAUCGCACUGCUUGUGAUUCUGGUCAUCUGCUCCCUGAUCGUCACCUCGGUCAUUCUGCUGACGCCAGCGGAAGAUAACAGUCUGUCUCAAAAGAAGAAGGUCACCGUGGAAGAUCUCUUCAGUGAAGAUUUCAAAAUCCACGACCCUGAGGCCAAGUGGAUAAGUGACACAGAAUUCAUCUACCGAGAACAGAAAGGAACAGUGAUUCUGCGGAAUGUUGAAACAAAUAUUUCCACUGUGUUAAUAGAAGGCAAAAAAAUUGAAUCAUUAAGAGCCAUCAGAUACGAAAUCUCUCCAGAUAGAGAGUAUGCGCUCUUUUCAUAUAACGUGGAACCGAUAUAUCAACACUCCUAUACUGGAUAUUAUGUCCUGAGCAAAAUUCCUCACGGGGAUCCUCAAAGUCUGGACCCUCCAGAAGUCAGCAACGCAAAGCUCCAGUAUGCAGGGUGGGGCCCCAAAGGCCAGCAGCUGAUAUUUAUCUUUGAGAACAACAUCUACUACUGUGCGCACGUCGGGAAGCAGGCCAUCCGCGUGGUCUCCACGGGGAAGGAGGGUGUGAUCUACAACGGCCUCAGCGACUGGCUGUACGAAGAGGAGAUCCUGAAGACCCACAUCGCGCACUGGUGGUCCCCGGAUGGCACCAGGCUCGCCUACGCCACCAUCAACGAUUCCCGCGUCCCUGUCAUGGAGCUCCCGACCUACACCGGCUCCCUCUACCCCACCGUGAGGCCCUACCACUACCCCAAGGCUGGCUGUGAAAACCCCAGUAUCUCCCUGCACGUCAUCGGCUUGAACGGACCCACCCACGACCUGGAGAUGAUGCCACCCGACGAUCCGCGGAUGAGGGAGUACUACAUCACCAUGGUGAAGUGGGCCACCAGCACCAAGGUCGCCGUGACCUGGCUGAAUCGCGCGCAGAACGUGUCCAUCCUCACCCUCUGUGACGCCACCACGGGGGUCUGCACAAAGAAACACGAGGAUGAAAGCGAGGCCUGGCUCCACAGACAGAACGAAGAGCCCGUGUUCUCCAAGGACGGCCGGAAGUUUUUCUUCGUCAGAGCGAUCCCCCAGGGAGGGCGAGGGAAAUUCUACCACAUCACCGUGUCCUCCUCCCAGCCCAACAGCAGCAAUGACAACAUCCAGUCCAUCACCUCAGGGGACUGGGACGUGACCAAGAUCCUGUCCUACGACGAGAAGCGGAAUAAGAUCUACUUCCUGAGCACGGAGGACCUGCCCCGGCGACGACAGCUCUACAGCGCCAGCACGGUGGGCAGCUUCAACAGGCAGUGCCUGUCCUGCGACCUGGUGGAGAACUGCACCUACUUCAGCGCCUCCUUCAGCCACAACGCGGACUUCUUCCUGCUCAAGUGCGAAGGUCCCGGAGUCCCCAGGGUGACGGUGCACAACACGACGGACAAGAAAAAGAUGUUUGACCUGGAAACGAACGAGCACGUGCAGAAGGCCGUAAGUGACCGGCAGAUGCCCAGAGUGGAAUACAGGAAGAUCGAGGUGGAUGAUUACAACCUGCCCGUGCAGAUCCUGAAGCCAGCGACCUUCACCGACACCACCCACUACCCCCUGCUCCUGGUGGUGGACGGCGCCCCGGGCAGCCAGAGCGUGGCCGAGCGGUUCGAGGUGAGCUGGGAGACGGCGCUGGUGAGCACCCAGGAGGCCGUGCUGGUGAGGUGCGACGGCCGCGGCAGCGGCUUCCAGGGGACCAAGCUCCUGCAGGAAGUGAGGCGGCGGCUGGGCUCCCUGGAGGAGAAGGACCAGACGGAGGCCGUGCGGGCGCUGCUGAAGGAGCAGUACAUCGACAAGACCCGCGUGGCCGUGUUCGGGAAGGAUUACGGCGGGUACCUGAGCACCUCCAUCCUGCCGGCGAAGGGCGAGAACCAGAGGCCCAUCUUCACCUGCGGCGCCGCCCUCUCUCCGAUCACCGACUUCAAGCUCUACGCGUCCGCCUUCUCCGAGAGGUACUUGGGGCUCCACGGACUGGACAACAGAGCGUAUGAGAUGACCAAGGUGGCCCACCGAGUCUCGGCGCUGGAGGAGCAGCAGUUCCUGAUCAUCCACGCCACCGCCGACGAAAAAAUCCACUUCCAGCACACCGCAGAGCUCAUCACACAGCUGAUCCGGGGAAAGUCUAACUAUAGCCUACAGAUCUACCCGGACGAAAGCCAUUACUUCCACAGCGCCGCGCUCAAGCAGCACCUGUACCGCUCCGUCAUCGGCUUCUUCGCCGAGUGCUUCAGGAUUCAGGACAAACCGCCCGCCGUCACCACGAAAGAGGACGAGGAGGACGACUAGGCCGGCCGCCCCUCGCACAGACGUGGCUCCGUCCGCAGCUGGGGCGCCCUCGGCUUGCGUUUCCCCACCGCCUUCCCGCAGCCGGGCGGGGGCCACGUCCCGUAGCAUGUGCGUCCCAGUACUGCAGGCGGCUCUGCUCGGGAGACAAGCUCCUUCCCGGUGGCUGUCACUCUCCACGGCGCCUGGAACCUCUCCACAGGGCGCGGCAGCCUCCUCCCGCCCGGAGCCACCGGCACGUGCCACGCCCCUCCCUACGGCGCACAGCUGGGGACGCCAGCGCGUGCCACACCCCUCCCCAUGGCGCACAGUCGGGGACGCCCCUCCCCACGGUGCACAGCUUGGGACGCCGGCGCGGAGGGCCAAGGGCGGGAAAGCGGCCCCGGAUCCACGCUGUGCGCAGUCGCCGCGCCCUCCGCGACGGAGUCCUGCGUUCUCGUGCGCAGCGCCACGUCCGUCGCACGGCAGCACCGUGGGAGCCACGGUGGGAGCGACCGUCAUAGCACAAUCGCCCAGCAGUCCGUGUCCGCAGACCGCGCUCCCUUCCGCGCCGCGAGGGCUACGCCGGGAAAACGGACCCUUUUCUGUACAGAGUUUCGCUGUAGCUGCGCUCAUGGCCACCCUUAUAGGAUUAACUCGUAUUUUUCUAUGGUUUUAACCUGUCGCCUCCUCGUCUCCGGUCAUGGGGUUGUUUUGCCGUGCUUCGCUUUGUUUCGUUUUCCGCUGUCCUUUCUUCAGUCGCCGUGUGGACUGCGCGUGUGUGGACGGAGACAGGUCAGAGGGGACUGUCCCCCUCGCGGCUGUCGUCACACCUGCGGGACGCCCCGAACGCCAGGGGACCCCACGGAGUUCUCGCUGGGAAGAUCCGUGAAUGACCCUCUCCGCCCGCGCUGCGUCCGGACCGGCCGCGGGUCCGCACCGUCCGCUCACGCGCGUCCCGAGCCCGUCCUUGUCCUCCUGGUGGAGCUCCUCGUCUUUCCGUGUGGCAUUUGGCCACCAAACGUACAGCGCCGACCCCGCCCCAGGCCCGCCGUGUGCGCGGGUCUCGGGGCGCGGAGGUCAGUGUGGGAAUGUGCCGGCACCCUCUCCUGUCUGGGGUGGCUCCGCCACCCUCCCCGCCCCCGCUGCCCGCGCUCGGUCCACGUGCCGCGUCCGCCUCGCGAGACGCGCUCCGGCCACGCGUGCGGGGGCGUCCCCAGUGUACAGUUCGCGCCGUUGUACAUAGCGAAGACACGGGCGUCGGGGUCCGCGCCGCGCCUGCAUGCCGACACCCCGGCGCCCGGACUCUCUAGAAGCGCUAGUUCGAAACAUAUCGGUUCCCGCCAUUUCCUUUUGAGCUUGUCGCCAGCCUGAAUGUCAGUGCUGAGCCCUCCAGCUUCCGGUCCUGCUUGGGGCGCCCGUGACGUCCCGCCGGCAGGGGACACGUGUCCCUGUCACUCUUUGGCGUUGGGGGUUUCCGUGUCAUCCGCAGGAGCUUGGGGGCCGGCUGCGGUUAGGCCGCCGGCGAGACCGCGCGGGCGGGGGAAGGCAGCGCGCUGACGGCCGGGCCGGUCCCAUCGCCACGUGGUCGGGGUCGGCCGCUCCGUGGGCCUGGCCGGCGGGGAAGCCAGUCUGGCCACGAGACCUGGUCGGAGGGACGUGGGGACGUGGCAUGGUAGUGUUUGUUCGCCCGUGGAAUAAAACAUUAUUUUACCA